CAUGCCAGAAUUAGGACGCUUCGAUUUAACAAACACCACAGGUUUGUGCGUGUGCUCCGGUUUCAAUUUUCUGUUUUCACGUAUUUUUAGGGAGUUGGUCCUCAAGAGUAUACAAUAAUUAAAAUGAAAGUUUUAGAACCUUACAAAAGCAAGCUAAGGUAAAGCCUUUGUCAAGACUGUGUCACCUACUGUAUACCAUUAUUUUGAAUGUUUCAUGUUUAAUUAUGCAUAUAGAGGGAAAAAUCACUCGAACAUGAUUGGCUAAUGAUGAGGGCAUUUUUUCUUAAUCUAGGGCAAAAUUACUUGUACCUGAUUGGCUGAGACGCAAGCGCGGGAAGUUUCUUGUUUUAAAUAGCAAUACAAACAAUGGCUUCUCGCUUUGUCGUUGUGAUAAUGAUGUUAUUGAAGAAUUAAAAACUUCUAGUAAAAACUCGAACACUAGAAAAAGUACAAAUUUAUGAGUUGGCGUUAUUAAGAAAUGAGCAGCAUUAAGGAACAUCGGCGAAGACAUGGAAACAUUCCAGGUUCAAGAACUUGACAAGUUCACAAUUUACUUACGAAUAAAUUUUUCCCUCAAAGAUGAACAAGUAAUCGCAUAUAGUUCCUCGUAAAAUUAAGGUUUAAUUUUACUUGUGUUUUGUGAAACUUUGAAAACACGCGUGAAAUUAAACCUUAAUUUUACUCGGCCCCAUGUGAUUACCUAUAAUUUAUAUUGUGUCUUUUGUCAUGUUUCAUUACAUUGUGUCUUCUUUAUCUCAGCUCGCUGUCUGGGAGAGAGGUAUUUUUGGUCGCAGCCACAUUACGUCCAGAAACAAUGUACGGACAAACCAACUGCUUUGUUAGACCUGAUAUGCAGGUGAGGCUUUGUUUUUUGAACUAACUUUAGUAUUCAGUGCUCUCGCCUGGCAAACCUUUAGCCAGAAUCUUCGCAACACCUCUUAUCGCACUAAGGGAGAGGUUGCACUUUUGGCUGCACAUUGCAUGACGAGUACUGUAUAGCAAAGGCUUAUCGAUUUUAAUGUUGUUUUAUUAGUAUAUUGCUUUCGAGACCGUACAUAAACAGAUAUUCGUGUGUACGAGGAGAGCUGCACAAAAUAUGUCAUAUCAAGGGUUUACAACUGAGGAUGGAAAAUAUGAAGUUUUGCUGGAACUUACUGGACAGGUAUACAUUGGAUUUUUCUUCAUGCACUCUUACACUGAUCGUAUACAAACAUACUAACCCUGAAGAAGUGGGGGUUGUGUUUGAUAGUAUGUUGACCUUUUACAAAAGCCAGAACCAGCCGACGAUUUUGUGAAAUGAAAAUUAAAAGCAAAAUAAAAUCCGAAAAAUGAAAACAUCUUCUAAACCCAAGAUAUGGACUAAAACAAUACUGCAUGUAUGUUAUAAUUUGUAUUUUAUUGAUCUGUACGUUAUAUUUUGUAUUUUAUUGACCUAAUGCACUAACAUAUAUUUCAUUCCUUUAAAAAGUAGUAUGGCCCUCGCCUGACUUGACUGGUCUCAUCAUACAGCACUCUUCCCCACUAAAACCUGGCAUGCAAGCUUUGGUUUCUGUUAUCAUUGCGGUAGCCUGCGUCACAGGCUAUCAUUGCGGCUCCAUUCUUGUUAUACAAACCAAUCAAGUAGAAAAAGAACAGUGGAGAAUUUGGGAAAACACUUUUUGACAGCUAGCCAAUCAUAACAACUUCAGGGUUUAUGCUCAAGAACUAAAAACAUUGCAUGGGUCCCAAUAAUUUCCUUAUUUCGUAAGUUAUCGGAAGGCAAUGGUUCUUGUCUAAACGAGACUCUGGUUAAAAUGUUCGUGAGUAAUCUAGAAAUGUACCUAUAUUUGGGUUAACUUAAUAUUCCUGGUAAAAUUUCCUGGUUAUUUUAAAGUUUUUCCUACUAUAGUCUAGUUCAUUUGACCAGGGCGUCCUAGUUAAAUUAACCAGACAAUGCUAGGUGGAUAAAUAACCGGGGGCUCUGGUUAUAUAUUCACCUAAUAUAGUCUGCCUGUUUUAACAAGAACGUCCUGGUAAAAUAUAACCAGAUUUUUGGCCACAUUUUAAAACCAGACUAUGGUAGAAAGUGAGAUAAAUAACCAGGAAAUAUAACUGGGAAUGUUUCAUUAACCCAAAUAUAUAUAUAGUGUUAUUUCCAGGAAAAGGUAGCCAGUGUUUUUAGAGUGCAUGCAUGUAUAGGUGUAUUUUUAACCUCAUCUCCUUUGCUAGUGAAUUCUAUAAUUUAUUGUAGGAUAUAAUGGGAGUUCCAUUGAAAGCUCCAUUGACGUCUUAUCCAGUCAUCUACACCCUGCCUAUGCUUAAUAUCAAGGAAGAUAAAGGUAUGAUAAUCACAUUGUAAUAAAUACUCACAGUAAACAACUUUAUUAACAAUCGAUUUAAGGUUAGAUACCAAUAUCAGUAAACAGACAGUCAAUUCUCGCUCAAAAACUAAACUAACGUUUUUAAACACCAUCAACUACGCCAGUGCGUAGCAACAGUCAUUUUAAACACACACAGACUAAAGUUAAUGAACUACUAUUCAUUACAACAUGAAAGUUGUAUUCGGGCAUAGUGUCCUGAAUUUCCAUGUGGCAGUGCUUUUUUGUGUAUUUUCAUUUUCUGCUUUUGUUUUGAGUAAGUGAAUUGUAGAUUUGUAUUUACUGUGCAAAGCGAGCCGCCAUUUUGUUUUUCAAAUCAUUACUUGCACUCCUGGAAAGUGUAAUUAAUGAAAAAAUUACAAUAUAUAUAGUAAACCAAUUUAAGACAACACAUGCAGUAUUAUUAAUUAUAAGCAUGUUUAUGAAACAUCGUCGUAUAGCCUUCUCUGCAACUCGCUAGCAGGUGGGCAAAAGUUUGUUGCGGGCAAACAAGUAACAAUCAUAAUAUCUAUCAACUAUUUCCUAUAGGUACUGGUGUCGUAACUUCAGUCCCCUCAGAUGCUCCUGAUGAUUUUGCAGCGUUAAGAGAUCUCAAAUCUAAAGAGGUACUGUAUCUACUACAUGCUAUUAUCAACGCAGAACCUAAAGUUCAUGAUGUCAUGAAAUGAUGCCCUCCGAUGUUUACACAUAAUAGACAUAUGCAACCGUAGGUGGGGGUCAAAGUAUUUUUCAAAUGUACUCAUCUCCUUUCUCUCUGACCAGCCAUUCCGCAAGAAAUAUAGUUUGACUGACGAGAUGGUUCUACCGUUUGAUCCUGUUCCUAUCAUUGAAGUACCAGGUUAUGGAAAUCUUACUGCUGUUAAGAUUUGUGAAGACAUGAAAAUAAAAAGUCAGAAUGAAAGAGAUCGGCUAGAAGAAGCGAAACAAUUAACGUAUAAGAAAGGUUUUUAUGAAGGAAUCAUGUUGGUUGGUGAUUUUAAAGGUCGUCUUGUACAAGAUGCGAAGAAACUUGUUCAAAGCCAAAUGAUUGAACAGGUAUUUGCGGAACUACAAUUUCCAUAUUAACAUCAGCAAUAAAUGAAUCCAGCUAUAGACUAAAUUUUGAUCUCGGCAAGAAGAACAAAAUCCAUCAACACAGCUAGUAAGAGCAUGUUAAAAUUGGUAAAAUUGCACAGUUUGGCCGCGAAAUGUUGUAAAAUGCGGAAAAUAUAGCCUUGCGAAAUUUGCAAAUUUUGUAUUAAUUUGUGGUGUAUUUUCCCUUGCGUAGUUUUCCUCAUUUUACAACAUUUCGCAACCAAACUUUGCAAUUAUACUAAUUCUAACAAGCUCUUUCUAGCUGUGGUGAUGGAUUUUGUUCUUCUUGCCAAGAUCAAAAUUCAAUCUAUAGCUGGAAUCAUCCAUUGAAAUACAAACCCAAUCCUAACACUCUACAAUCCUGCAUGGCCAAACGUCCUUGGGACACCACCAUUUAAUGUGUAAUUCGAAGAAAUUAAUGCAUGAAGUCGAGGUUAUGCGUGCAAGCCGUGCAUGUAUAUAAUGUCGCACUUCAAUAAUUCUACAAAUUCUCAUUGUUUGGUAAUAUGAACCAAAAGGAACAUUUUUUGUGAUUGGCUGCUUAUAUCAUUGGAACACAAUAAAACAAAGAAUAAAUUUUCUAAAGAACGAGUUAGGGACCGGUCAUUAUUUAUGGUAGUGGGUGGCACCGAAGAGAAAUGUUUUUCGUGGCAAAAAUUUUGCUGACCCAACCAUUAAAAAGACAAAAAAUUGAUUACCCAACCUCAAAUAUAAAUUGAAAAAUAAUUACCCACCCCUGGCCAAAAGCUUUACAAAAGGAUACCAUUCAGUUGUCACACAUGUCUUUUACCACUUCUAUGACAUGAGUUUGAUAACGGCUUGGGAAAUUUUCUGCAGUCUAAAGUUUCAUGUUGUCUGCACAUGCACUUUCUUUGGAAAUACCAUUUGUUUUGUCAAAAUGACCAAGAUAGUGACUCUGAUUGAUUCACGUAUUGUAUUGACAAAUGACUGUUGACAUUGCUUUUCAGUCUCCAAUAUUUCAGUGGGUCAUGCUUUGGAAAUGACAAUAAAUUUUUAUUACCCAACCCUUGAGUUGUUUUGUUUUUCAUUUACCCAACCUUUUACUUACUCAAAAUUUUGAUUACCCAACCUUUUUCUCUUCGGUGCCACCCCCACCAUAAAUAAUGACCGGUCCCUUAGCAAGCCUUAUCCCAAAACAUGUUCAGUUUGGUAUUUAUCCGUUGAAUUUUACUCCUGCAGCGAUUCUUCUUUUCGAAUAUUUGUUGCUUUUUAUUUUUAGAAAGAAGCUGUUCUUUACAUGGAACCGGAAAAGACAAUUAUCUCUCGAUCUGGUGAUCGUUGUGUUGUAGCAUUAUGUGAUCAAUGGUACGUAUGCCACACCUUAAACGCUAAUCUUGUAUGAUGCAUAGUGAUUAUUACUUUGAAAUCGAAUAAAAUUGUUAUAUAUAUAAGCUGUUCUUUAGUGAUUAUAGUGAUUAUUAUUACUUUGAAAUCGAAUACAAUUGUUAUAUAUAUAAGCUGUUAUUUAGUGAUUAUAGUGAUUAUUAUUACUUUGAAAUCGAAUACAAUUGUUAUAUAUAUAUAAGCUGUUCUUUAGUGAUUAUAGUGAUUAUUAUUACUUUGAAAUCGAAUACAAUUGUUAUAUAUAUUAGAUGAAGCUACACCGAGUGGCUGAAUACCGGACAAGUCGAAAAAUUGCUUGACUGGGAUGGGAAUGGAAUUAACAUUCGACCUUUGGUUUGCUACUCCAAAGCAAAUUUGCGAUAUAGAAAUGUUACUUAUUUUGCAAGAUGGCAUUCUUAUCCGGAGUAUGUUUUUUCUUAUAUUGUGGGAUUAGAACCCGGGUAAUUUUAUUUAAAAUUUAUUAUUUGAUGUUUACUCCAAAAGCAAACUGCUUAUGGAGGGGGCUUACAUCUAUACAUAUAUAACAUUUUAACACACAACACACAAAUGGUACACACACCCAGACAAAAUAAGAUAUUAAUAUACAAAUAUUGAACAUCAAAGGCGGAUGCUGCAAAACGACAUGUGUUUAAAAUAAAUUGUUGAACUAUAAUAAUUGAAAAUAAUACACAAUUAAUUGAUAUCAUAAGAAUAAGAUGUAUACUAAUGUUGGAGGAACUAGACCGAAGAAUCACGUCCUCAACCGACUUGAUCUCGUAGCUCAGUUUUUGAUUUCCAUCUCGGUCAAGCUGCUUUUCAGCUCGCCCCGUGUGGAACCACUCAGAGAAGCGUCAUCUAAAUAUAAUUUACCAGAAUCUGAUCUCACUACAUAUCACAACACGAAAAAAACAUGCACACCAAGCGAACCGUAAAAGGAAACACCUUCUAAUGGUCCGUCCCUAUAGGCAAUUCUAUAACAAAAUGUUAUAAAGCUCAAAAUUAUAAUUCUAGGUCGUUGGUCAGCAGAAAUAGAAAAAUCUGAUAGAAACCCCCUUCAAACUCUGGGAUAUUUUAUCAAACCCUUACACUUUAUUAUUACGUAGGUACUUGGAUUAUGGCGACCCAGAAUGGAAAAACAAGGCCAGAGAAGCUUUGAAACGACUAAAUACGUAAGUAUAUAAGUAUAUAUUUAUUAUUUGUAAACUUCACAAAUAUGGUUAAAAUAAUUUAUUAAUAACUUUUAUUUUAUUAUAUUUUGUAUCAAUAUAAAAGUAUUAUGUACUUAAUAUAUUUUAUAAAUAACUAAAACAAUAUGGCGACGUCCUCGAUAGGUCGAGAUACGAAACAUGUUUUAGUUGCCUGAUAUGAUUCUAAUGUUUUAAAGUGCUUAUAUACAAACCUAAAAUUAUGACUUUAUUUAUGUUUAUUGAGCUUUACCAGGGUGUGUAGUAGAUGUACAUGCCAUCUGAUUUCCUUGCCGUAAUUGUAACUUUCAUUACUAUUAUGAAAUUGUAACUUUCAUUACUAUUAUUAACACCAAACACGAGAUUGCGUUGGAAAACUCUAAAGUAAUUACCACAAACAAUCGCUAUGGUCAAAGACUUUGCCUAGAAGCGUGGCAUAUAAAUAUGAUUGUUAUAUAGCUAGCGUGAACACCAAACGUGAUUGGCUGAUUUGUGGUCACGUGACUUCAGAUAAAUGCAAUGUUUCCCGCCGGGCAACAAGUGAAAAAUUGUUUCCCGCCCCGACCGGCCACGUACAUAAAUAAACAAAAUGGAGGCAAAACUCAGAUAAUUAGAAACUACGAUUUUCCAAGUUUGUGUUCAAAUAAAGAAUAUAAAAGAGAAGAAAAAUACACAUCAGGCAACAGGAUAUGCUGCUGAAACCGUUUAAGUAGGUUCUUUUAAUUUUAAACUCGUUUACACUAUAAAGUUUUUGUCACGAAAUACAAUUGUUGUUGAAAUUGAUUUUUGUUCGUCGCUAUAUAACAAAACACUUAAUGCCUGUUCCCUCGGGAAAUAGUUAGUUUUGUUUUCCCUCGAAUCUUAAUGUUUCCCUCGACUUCGUCUCGGGAAACAUUGAGAUUCUCGGGAAAACAAAACUAACUAUUUCCCUCGGGAGCAGACAUUAAGUGUAUAGUAAUCAUGCUUUGAAUAGGGAUGACGGUGCCUAUUUGCCAGAGGAAUAUAUGCAUCUCAUUGGCAGGUGACGUCAUCCCUUGGGUAUUUAAGAAGCCACGAUUGCAAUUUUAGAUCACCCCUGAUGAAGACACAAGACUGGAGUGUCGAAACGUUGGGUCUUGAUUACAAUUUGACUGGGCUUUGUAAUCAUUUAUUUAAACCAGACUAGCGAGCGAAACAUGAUUGAUAUACCUGGUUGCAGUGAACGAACAAACUUUAAAUCAGAAUAAGAACAUGUUGAGAAUUUGUUUUCUUUAGAUACGCUGAAGAAAGUCGGAGAAAUUUUGAAGCGACUCUUGAUUGGUUACAUGAACAUGCAUGUUCACGGUCGUAUGGUUUAGGUAAUACAUAUAUGUAUUUUGUUAUUCAGUAUAUGUUGGGGGGUUUUCCGGUUGAGCGCCAGAAAAGAAGCUAUUCCUUAUGACCUUAUCAACAAAUUGCACUGUUAGAUUAACUUGUUAUCUUAAUUCAUUUUUGAUAAGAACACAAAAAGUAAAUCUGAGCUUUUCCGUUCCUAAAAAUUCGUGUAGUUAUUAUUCAUGUACGGAAUUAAUUUAAAGACUAAAGCCGGUUUUCCACUUGGCGGAAUUUGCGCGCGGAGCGGAAUUUUUCUUUGUCUUGUGAUUUCUCGGGUGGAACUAAUUAGAAAAGACCAAGAAAAAUUCCGCUCCGCGCGCAAAAUUCCGCCUAGUGGAAAACAGGCUUAAAGGCGGAUUUCCAUUCAGUGCAAAAUGUUGCGCGAUCGACUUUUUGCGAUCGCUUUCUUCAAUUCUUUUCAAAUACAAACAGUCAAGCGGAACAAAUCUCAUUAUACUGCAUGUAGUUGACUGCACACAUUUCAAAAGAAAGCGAUCCCAUAAAAUCGAUCGUGCGACAUUUUGCACUGAAUGGAAAUCCGCCUUAACAAAGCACUUUGAGCUCGGUUCAUAUAUCUACUCAUUGUUCAGGAACUGGGCUCUAUAGCUGAGUGGUCAGAGCACAGCUGCACUGGAGUCACAGGCCCGCAAGUUCGAUUCCUACCAGAGAGCGUAUAAAGUUGCAUUUUUGUUAGCUGCUCCCAUCUAUAUUCUAAAAACGUCAUCUAUACAUCAUAGUAACAGAGUAUUAUAAUCAUCAUAGUCAUGCAAGGAGUAUAGUCAUGAUAGGCAAGGACCUACUACUGGCACACUAUCUAAAAAUGUUUACAACUUGUUCUAAUUUCUAUAAGAAUUACUCCGUCUUGCGAAGGCAUCAGAGGGAUGUGAUAUCAGCCUUCGUUCGAAGAUUACGAUUUGAGAAAUUGUGUUUCUUUGCCAGGUACCAAAUUACCGUGGGAUGAGCAAUAUCUGAUAGAAUCAUUGUCAGAUUCAACAGUAUACAUGGCUUAUUACACUGUUGCUUAUCUUCUCCAAGGAGGUGUAUUAGAUGGUUCUGUUCCGGGUCCACUUAAUAUCAAGUACGUUAUACUUUUAUUUUCAUGAAAGACUUGCAGAGAAAUGGUAAUUGGUGCAUAUAGGUGUCAGGUGUAUUUACAACAUUUUUUUUACCUUUGUAUUCUAUUGUACAUUUGUACAUUAUACAAGACCUUACUUGUAUUGUCUAGCCCUAAAUCAUUAUUUGUUUGGAUAGGCUGCCCGCCUCCCUCCCCCUCGCCAACGUGAGAGAUAUAUGCAAAGUUAUAAAUAUGCAAAGUUUGGAUAUUCUGAAAUUUAUGCGCGCAAUACAUGUUGGUUAGCACGUAAUAUCACAACAACCUAAUUGCAGCGCGUGUCUAAAAUAUAGAUAAAAUUCAUCUCGGCGCUAUAUUUGUCUGGUUUCAUAACUCUUGAAAUCGGCCAAAUGCAUUGUCAUGAUCUAUGUUAUUAAUACUUGCAGGCCAGAGCAAAUGACAAGAGAAGUGUGGGAUUAUAUUUUCUUUAACAAUGCACCAAAACCGACAACAGAUAUCCCAAUGGAGUCUUUGACGUAAGUAUAUUAUUAUAAAAUCUCGGCUGACCAUAUUCUUUCGUCAGUUUUUAACUGAAGCGUAAUAAUCUUCUGGUAUACGCAAAAUAAAAACCAACGAACAGGAUAUUCGAAAAUAAUAACCCGUUGCCGUUGGUACCUUGCCAUUUGCAGCAACACAUUCUACACCAUGUACAAAGACAAUAAGAGCAGCCAAGAAGUUGGCUUAUAGAAUACAAAUAUUGAAUGUUUGUGAGUGCAAUGGUUAACUGGAGGUGCAUGAAAGAUGAAUUUUCAAUGAUCAUGAAAUGGCAGUGAUCUUUGUACGGUCACGAAAUGGUAAUCUUUUCAAUAGCACGUGAUCAAAGUCAGCCAGUUCAAUCACGACCUACACACGUAAAAAUCUCACAACUUGUCAACAACAAGAUGUGUUCGCAACAGGCUUGUAGCAAGCUUGUCAACAAGUUGUAAAAAUGCUGUUAUUUUGUCAAGUUGCUACAAGCUUGUCACUCACAACUUGUUGACAAGUUGUUGAAUUGCAGGACGAUAACAAGUUGUUCGAACAACUUGUAACAAGUUUGUUUGUUUCUUUCCUUGUAGCAAGUUGUCAACAAGGCGUUGACAACUUGUCAACAAGCUGGGAACAGGCAGUGCGAACACAUCCUGUUGGAAUAAGUUGUUGGAACAGCAUUGCUACAAGUCUUUUGUUACAACUUGUGCGUUUUUACGUGUGUAGACUGUGAGCGGGUUCCUCCUUUUCGCGAGUUUACAUUAUUUCCCGGGCGUGCGAAAAGUGGGCGUAUUUCGUUUCUUUCGUUUCUUGGUCGUAAGAAUCGGGGAUUUCCAUUGUCUGUGGUCAUUGGUGUGUAAAAUGCUUUGUCUAUUGGAAAAGAAUACAAUAGAUCGCCGAUGAAUUACGACCAGUGUAAACCUGGCUUUACGAUGUUGUCGUACGAUUUUGUAUACUAGUUUUCGUAUAAAAUUCCCGUAUAAAAAUGCGUUUGAAAUGCUGGAUUUAAACGACGUAAACGAAGAUGGCGGUCGGAGAUUCGAGCAGUGAACUCGAUGUUUCUAGAUCAAUGUUUCAUGUUUGAUUGUUAUAAAUAUAUGGAUAUUUCAGGACCAGGAUUAGAGGCGAACGUUUGUUCAUUGUCUGAAGGAGUUUAAGGCAAACAGAAAGGGGUAACGGUUCAGUUCUUCUGUAGAAAGUGUACGCGAUCAUAUUUGUCUGAAAAAACGCCAAGCUAAUUUUUUAAGCCCUGAUUCUUGGCGUACGCCUAUUUUUUAAGGCCUGAUGAGAGCAUAGCACUGUGCACCUCAGUGAAUAUUAGCGAGCUUAAGAUGCACCAAAUCUACGACGCGGACGUGACAUAAAAACCGUUGCUAAUGUUUGGAAUCCAGUUUAUCUUGCUUCACAUGUGUUUCUGACUUUGUUUACCAACUGGAGGCCAUAAUUUUUAUCCGUGUAGUGAAACUGUGGGAAUUUUCCCACAACCCGCGACUCAAAUAAAAAAUCCAGAUCUGGAAUAAGUUUCUUUAAAAUGUUCCUCCUGCACUGAAUUUGCCUUUUUCAAAUUUUCGUUAAAACAAUGGAAAAUUUGACGGCAUAUUACGUAUGCAACAACAAGUAUAUAGGUAUACUUGACUGUAUUUAUGUUACAUGUCUCAAAUGACAGAUAUAGGAAGCUCGAUAAGUGAGAAAUUGAAAAUGUUCCUCAAUCUUCUUGCUAAGACAACUGUUCCUAAGAUCCAGGAUCCCGAUUCCCACUUUUCCCCAGGUCAGCUGAAAGUAAAAGGUGCACUAGGUAAAAUAUGUUUUCUUCCAUUUUCCAGCAAGCUUCGUCAAGAAUUUCAUUACUGGUAUCCAGUCGAUGUACGUGUAUCUGGAAAGGAUUUAAUUCCCAAUCAUUUAACAUAUUUCUUAUACAAUCAUUGCGCUGUGUGGCAAGAUGAAUCAGAAAGGUACUGUAUCACUUUUACAUGCUCGAUUCACAGCUAUUAUCUAAAAACUGUAAGGUUGAGUUUUUCCACCAACAUAGUUUUUUGUUGAGCUCUUUUGGUGAAGGCUUUCCAAGCAAAAAUGUACUUUAAAUAGAAUUUUAAAAAAUAUUUUCUAAAUUCGUACGGAUCCUCCAAUUCAUACACGUCCUGAAUUAUCCAUUUCCCAAUCGAGCAGAAGACUGGGUCUAGUUAAUAUUUGGAGGGAUGUCAUUCUCGUACCCAGAGCCCUUCUUACGCGCGGUGCGACGAGGGGCUCUGGCCAAAUCCAUAACCGGAUACCAUAAAAACAUGGUAAGAAAACAAUGUCCGGUGUUAGAACUAGCCAAUCAGAUGCCAUAUAUAUAUAUAUAUAUAUAUAUAUAUAUAUAUAUAUAUAUAUAUAUAUAUAUAUAUAUAUAUAUAUAUAUAUAUAUAUAUAUAUAUAUAUAUAUAUAUAUAUAUAUAUAUAUAUAUAUAUAUAUAUAUAUAUAUAUAUAUAUAUAUAUAUAUAUAUAUAUAUAUAUAUAUAUAUAUAUAUAUAUAUACAUCCAAAAAGUAUAGUCGAGGGGAACAUGCUUCCAAAAAAUAGAGAAAACUUUGAUAAUAAUAUAAAUAAACAUGGCAAACAAUUAAUCAAUAUAUGUAAAAAUACUGACAUGAGAAUCAUUAAUGGGAGAACCAAAGGUGAUUCUCUCGGUAGACCCACUUUCCAUGGAAGAAACGGUACAAGUGUCAUUGACUACAUUAUAUGUGACCAAGACACCUUUCAACGUGUUAAUAAUUUUAUUGUCAAACCACCAACAUAUUUAUCUGAUCAUAGCCAAAUAGUGGCAUGGUUUGAUAUCCAGACAAUCCCUAAAACUGAAGAACAUGACCAAUCCAAACCACCAUUACAUAAACUGCCGCUUCAAUUUGAUUGGUCAGAAAAUUCAAAAACUAAUUUUAGAAAAGCACUCAAUUCACCUGAAACCCAAAACAAAAUGAUUGAAUUUCUAAGCACAAACUUUACUAAUGACAUAAGUGGUGUCAAUGAAUGUGUUACAGAAUUCCAAAAUAUUUUAACUAAUGCAUCCAAAAAGUCUUUGAAAAUCAAGAAAAAGAAAACUAGACGAAAAAUAACUAACAUAGCAAAUAAAAAAUGGUUUGACAAAGAAUUUCGAAUUAAGAGACAUGAACUUCGAAAGCUUGCCAACCAGAAACAUAAAGACCCAACAAAUCUUGAUCUAAGAAAUGCAUAUCAAACAGCUAUCGAAAUAUACAAAGAUACUCUACAAAUCAAGAAAAACGAAUUCCACAAAAAUAAGAUUGACGAACUCAUAAAGGCAACUGAAAACGACCCUAAAUUGUUUUGGAAAACUCUCCAAAAUACCAGUGACAAUUUAGAUAAUACAACUAAUUCGAAAAACUCACCAACUGAAGGCCAAUAG